ACAAGUCUUAUUCAAUGGUGAUAUGGCUUUCAUACAAUAGAGUGAGGUUAGAUUGUGAUGCUUCAUAUUUUGAUCAUAUGAAAGUUGUAAAAAAGUAAAGGCAAAGAUAUUCAAACUUUAUUCAAAAAGUGAAUAGAAUUCUCAUAAAAUUAAUCUAUCAUGGCACGAUACUUCAGAGAAGAAGAUAUAGAUGAAUUUCGAGAAUGUUUCUAUCUAUUUGCACAAAGUGGUCAAAUUCGGACACUUGAUGAGCUCACUAUAAUUAUGAGAUCCCUUGGGUUAAGCCCAACUAUUGCAGAAUUAAACAAAUAUAUGAAAAAUAAAGGUGGAAAAAUGUCUUUUGCUGAUUUUUUGGAAGUUAUGCAUCUUCAGACUCGAGUAGAAGACCUACCAAAAGAAGUAAUUAAAGCCUUUCAAGCUGCAGAUAUAUCUCAUAAUGGCACUAUUCCAGCUCGGCAAUUAGCACAUAUGUUGCUUCAUUGGGGAGAACAAUUGAGUAGCAAGGAAGUGGAGCAAAUUUUUCGCGAAGCCAAUGUAUCCUUGAAUGGACAUGUGAAAUAUGAAGAUUUUGUAAAAAUAGCAUGUGCACCUGUACCUGAUUAUUAUUGAACAUUGUGUUGAGUAACUUUUAUUUUUGUAUAUAUAUUUUAUCAUACAUUCUGUAUGAUAAAAUUGUUUUCAAAUUUCUCUAAAUGAACAUAUAUACAGAAGAGAGAUGUUUAUAUAAACAGAUUAAUAUAUUAUAUACA